GUGGCCGUCGGCUCUUAAAGGGACUCGGACGGGGGACGCGGGAGGCGGCGCCGCUGGAGGCAGCGCGGGGCGUGCGGUCCCGAGCAGGUGCAAUGGCAGAGAAGGUGCUGGUAACAGGUGGGGCUGGCUACAUCGGCAGCCACACAGUGCUGGAGCUGCUGGAGGCGGGCUAUUCGCCUGUGGUCAUCGACAACUUCCACAAUGCCAUCCGUGGAGAGGGCUCCAUGGCUGAAAGCCUACGGCGGGUUCAGGAGCUGACAGGCCGCUCUGUGGAGUUUGAGGAGAUGGACAUCUUGGACCAGGCAGCCCUACAGUGUCUUUUCAAGAAGCACAGCUUUAUGGCGGUCAUCCACUUUGCGGGGCUCAAAGCUGUGGGCGAGUCAGUGCAGAAGCCUCUGGAUUAUUACAGAGUUAACCUGACAGGAAGCAUCCAGCUUCUGGAGAUCAUGAGGGCCCACGGGGUGAAGAACCUGGUGUUCAGCAGCUCAGCCACCGUGUACGGGAACCCCCAGUACCUGCCCCUGGACGAGGCCCACCCCACAGGUGGCUGUACCAACCCCUACGGCAAGUCCAAGUUCUUCAUUGAGGAAAUGAUCCGGGACCUGUGCCAGGCAGACAAGGCCUGGAAUGCAGUGCUGCUGCGAUAUUUCAACCCCAUAGGCGCCCACGCCUCAGGCCGCAUAGGCGAGGAUCCCCAGGGCAUCCCCAACAACCUCAUGCCCUAUGUCUCCCAGGUGGCGAUCGGGCGACGGGAGGUACUGAAUGUCUUUGGUGAUGACUAUGACACAGAGGAUGGCACAGGUGUCCGGGAUUAUAUCCACGUCGUGGAUCUGGCCAAGGGCCACAUCGCAGCCUUGAGGAAGCUGAAGGAGCAGUGUGGCUGCCGGAUCUACAACCUGGGCACCGGCACGGGCUAUUCGGUGCUGCAGAUGGUCCAGGCCAUGGAGAAGGCUUCCGGGAAGGAGAUCCCGUACAAGGUGGUGGCACGGCGGGAAGGUGAUGUGGCUGCCUGUUAUGCCAACCCCAGCCUGGCCCUCAAGGAGUUGGGCUGGACAGCAGCCUUAGGGCUGGACAGGAUGUGUGAAGAUCUAUGGCGCUGGCAGAAGCAGAAUCCUUCAGGCUUUAGCACGCAGGCCUAAGACCCUCCCCUACCAUGGUCCAGAAAAGGAACAGAAACAACUGCCUGCUCUCCAGCCUCUGGCAGGAACCCAGGGGUCUCAGAGGCUCCCCUACCUCAAACCCCAGCUGGGCCCACUCAGCCCACCAGGCAUGAGGCCAAGGGCUCCACUGACCUGGAGUCGGGGUCUCUAAGUUUUCUCUUUCACAGGGUCUGGGAACCCAUCAGCACCCCCAAGAGUGAGAUGGGGAGGCAGGGCCCUGAGACAAAACACCCUCCUCUCAGGCACUAAUUUAUACUGCUAUGAAGGAGCUUUCCAAAGUAUUUAAAAUAAAAAGUUUUCUUACACUGGGA